AGUGGCAUUCGUCUGAUAGGACUAGGAGUAACGGAAGAAUAAAAAAUUGAGGAGAAAGAGAAAGAGCCAAACAGAAACACAAAAAGCCUGAUCUUUUUGUGAUGCCAGUUGCCAUGGCUGUCGCCGUGGCUGCUUCUUCUCCAUUUCUGGGCCACACCCUCAGGAAAACUUUAUGUAGAAGGUGUGCCCCAAAUUCAGAUGUUGGGUUUAGCAUAAAAGCCAUAUUUUGGGGACCAAGGAAGUCUGUUGAGCCCACCAAACAAGAGCUAUCCCUUGGAGACUUCAGUUUGCCAGAAUUAAGGGUGGAGGGAGAUAGAAGUAAUGUUGACAAGGACAGAAAGCUAUCAGUUCGAGUGGUUUCAUCCAUCUCAGAGAUUUUACCACAUGAGUGGGAUGCUUGCAGUGUUGAUGCUGCAGGCCCAGAAAAAUUUAAUCCAUUUCUUACCCAUGGUUUUCUUUCGAGCCUAGAGGAGACAGGCUGUGCAGUGAAGGAAACGGGAUGGGUUCCCCAGCAUAUUGUUGCACAGGAUGACUCUGAUAAUGUACUUGGGGUCAUUCCUCUGUAUCUUAAAAGCCAUUCUUACGGUGAGUAUGUCUUCGACCAUUCAUGGGCAGAUGCCUAUUACAGUUAUGGAUCAAGAUAUUAUCCGAAGCUGCAAUGUUGUGUGCCUUUCACUCCUGUUACUGGCCCAAGGAUCUUAGUUCGUAACACAAGUUAUAGGGAUCAGGUUUUUGAUAUUUUAGUCUCUGCAUUGGUGGCGCUGACAAUUAAGUUUCAGGUUUCAUCACUACACAUAACUUUCCCCUCUGCAGAUGAGGUGGGGAAGUUAAAGGAGAAGGGUUUUCUGCAGAGAGUCGGAAUGCAGUAUCACUGGAAAAAUCAUAAUUAUAAAAGUUUUGAUGACUUUUUGAUGGACAUGAAGCAAAGUAAAAGGAAAACUAUUCGUCAAGAGCGGAAGAAGAUUUCUGUCCAGAAUUUGACCAUGAAACGCCUACGAGGAGAUGAGAUUAAGGCUAAACACUGGGAUACAUUCUAUAAGUUUUACAGGAACACCACAGACAAUAAGUGGGGAAGUGCAUAUCUAACAAGAGAUUUCUUCCACAAUAUGGCUUCAAAGCUGGGUGACGGGGUGUUACUUGUUACUGCAGAAGAAGGGGAUGAACUCGUUGCUGGAGCUCUUAAUCUUAUUGGAGGAGACACAUUAUAUGGACGCCUAUGGGGAUGCCUUCCUCGAGCAUACUACCCAAAUCUACAUUUUGAAGCCUGCUAUUAUCAGGCCAUAGAAGCAGCGAUUGAACUUAAUCUUGACAAGGUAGAGGCGGGAGCCCAAGGUGAGCACAAGAUUCAGAGAGGUUAUAUGCCAGUCACGACCUACAGCUGUCACUAUAUCUUGGAUGAGGGCUUCAGGAAAUCGAUUUCGGAUUUCUUGAUACGAGAACAAGCUCAGCUUGAAUAUGUUAUGAAAGUGUUGCAUGAAUCUGGGCCGUUUAAGAAUACCGUCGCUUGAGGUGGUGAAUGAAGAAACACCGUUUAAGGGAAGAAAUGGUGCCGUUUCUGACCCCUCGAUCAUAAGCAGUAUCAGUCGUGAUUGUGUUACCUUAUCUUAGAGGAUGGAAUGGCUGAAAUUAAGAAGGUUCUCUAUUUAUACUGUGUCGCAGAGGCAGGUCGACAGGUUCUCUAUUUAUACUGUGUCGUAGAGGCAGGUCGACAGGGACGAGCCGUGUCGUGCGUUGUACACAUGUUGGCUUGCACAAAUUUGUAAAUGAUUCUACUUCCAUUACGCCAAAAACGCGCAUACAUAACCAAUUUUAUCCAUUAUCUAUGUGGAAAAACUUGCGUUAAGUAUAGUGGUGUUAUGUAUUUGGCGCGCAUAUAUAUUGGAUAUUUGUACGUUA